AUGGGGCGGCGGGCGCGCCUCGGGCUGGUGCUGUGCCUCGCGGCGCUGUGGGCCGGAGGACUGGCCGCGGCAGUCGAUGAAGAGGGAAAUCAAGAUGAAUCACUGGAGUCGAAGACUUUAUCUGCAGAGGACCAGGUAAAGGACCAUUCCACAGGAACUCGAGUGGUAGCAGGUCAGAUCUUCCUUGAAUCAGGGAAAUCGGACUCUCAAUCAGAGGAUGAAGAGAACAUUCACAGUCAAGAGGAGGAAAAAGAGAAUUCGCUGGAAGAGUUGAACUCUCUAGAAAUGUCAAAUCUAUUAAAUAAGGACUUGGAAGAAGCAGAAAUACAGAAUCCAGCUUUGACAGCCAUUGGAGGCACUGCAGAUGGUGAACCUUGCCACUUCCCCUUUUUGUUUAUGGAGAAGGAGUAUGCAGAGUGCACUGCAGAUGGGAGGGAAGAUGGCAGGCUUUGGUGUGCAACAACCUAUGAUUACAAGAAAGAUCAAAAGUGGGGCUUCUGUGAAACUGAAGAGCAGUCUAAUAAGAGAAGGCAGAUGCAAGAAGCUGAGGAUGUUUAUCAGACUGGAAUGAAAAUCCUCAAUGAAAGCAGUAAAAAGGCUCAGAAGAAAGAAGCAUAUCAGUAUCUUCUGAAAGCAGCUGACAUGAAUCAUACCAAGGCAAUGGAGAAAGUGUCUUAUGCUUUGUUGUUUGGAGAUUACCUGAAGCAGAACAUCCAGUCAUCAAAAGAACUAUUUGAAAAACUAACAGAAGAAGGUUCUCCUAAAGGACAAAUGGCUCUUGGAUUUCUAUAUGCAUCUGGUCUAGGAGUCAAUUCUAGUCAAGCUAAGGCCCUGGUGUAUUACACUUUUGGAGCUUUAGGAGGAAAUCUGAUCGCCCACAUGAUCUUGGGUUACCGGUACUGGGCUGGGAUAGGAGUCCUUCAAAGUUGUGAAUCUGCUCUCACUCACUACCGACUUGUAGCUAAUCACGUUGCUAGUGACAUUUCUUUGACUGGUGGCACAGUGGUUCAGCGAAUUCGCUUAGCAGAUGAAGUAGAAAAUCCAGGAAUGGCAAGUGGGAUGCUAGAAGAAGACUUGAUUCAGUAUUACCAGUUUUUAGCAGAGAAGGGAGAUGUACAAGCACAGGUUGGCCUUGGACAGUUGCACUUGCAUGGAGGAAGAGGAGUAGAGCAAAAUCAUCAGCGAGCAUUUGAGUACUUCAAUCAAGCAGCUAAUGCUGGCAAUUCACAUGCCAUGGCCUUUCUAGGAAAGAUGUACUCAGAGGGAAGUGAUGUUGUACCUCAGAGCAAUGAAACAGCUCUUCAGUAUUUCAAGAAAGCUGCUGAUAUGGGUAAUCCAGUUGGACAGAGUGGAUUAGGAAUGGCUUACCUCUACGGAAGAGGUGUUCCAGUGAACUAUGAGCUAGCACUGAAGUAUUUCCAGAAGGCUGCAGAACAGGGAUGGGUUGAUGGACAGCUUCAGCUAGGUUCCAUGUAUUACAAUGGCAUUGGAGUCAAGAGAGACUAUAAACAAGCUUUGAAAUAUUUUAACCUGGCCUCCCAGGGUGGCCACAUUCUGGCUUUUUAUAAUCUGGCUCAGAUGCAUGCUACUGGCACCGGAGUGAUGCGAUCCUGUCAUACUGCUGUUGAGUUGUUUAAGAAUGUAUGCGAACGGGGGCGUUGGUCUGAAAGAUUGAUGACUGCCUACAACAGCUAUAAAGAUGGUGAUUCAAAUUCUGCUGUGGUUCAAUAUCUUCUUCUGGCAGAACAAGGCUACGAAGUUGCACAAAGCAAUGCUGCUUUCAUACUUGAUCAGAAAGAAGCUAGCAUAGUAGGAGAAAAUGAAACCUAUCCUCGAGCUUUGCUUCAUUGGAAUAGAGCAGCUUCUCAAGGAUAUACUGUUGCAAGAAUUAAACUUGGAGACUACCAUUUUUAUGGGUUUGGUACUGAUGUUGAUUAUGAAACUGCAUUUAUUCACUAUCGACUGGCGUCAGAGCAACAGCACAGUGCCCAAGCAAUGUUUAAUCUGGGCUACAUGCAUGAGAAGGGAUUGGGCAUCAAGCAGGAUAUUCAUCUUGCAAAACGAUUCUAUGACAUGGCAGCUGAAGCAAGCCCAGAUGCUCAGGUUCCAGUCUUCCUAGCACUUUGCAAGCUUGGAGUGAUUUAUUCCUUGCAGUAUGUACGAGAAAUCAAUAUCAGGGAGAUAUUCUCACAUAUUGAUAUGGACCAGCUGCUGGGGCCUGAGUGGGACCUUUACCUUAUGACCAUCAUCGCCUUGCUUCUGGGAACAAUUAUAGCUUACAGACAAAGGCAGCAUCAGGCAAUUCCCAGACCAGCAGGACUGCGGCCAGCUGUGCCUCAACAAGAACCACCACCAGAGCAUCAACCACCGCAAUAGCAACAAGAGCCUCAGUCCAAGAACUGGAUUUUUCCUAAAGGAACAAUUUUCAUUGUGAUUUAGGACUUUGGAUCAUCGAUCCCUCCCCCAAAAGAGGCGCAAAGAGGUUUUAAAAAAAAAAAGUCUGAAAGCUGCUUAGAAUGAUGCCUUUUUUUCAGGGAUAAGAAAAUUCUUCUGAAACUGAUUUGAAUGUUAUUUCAGUGCCAAUGGAAUAACACUAUGGCUUUUUUCAUGGAAACACAAGAGUGCUACUACAAAAAUGUUGCCUGCUGUAUCUAGUUCCUCUUUAUUCAGAGUCCUUUUCAUCUCCUAGAGAGAGCAGAAGGCUAGCAUUGGAAGGUUUUUGCCUGCUUGAUAGCAGUUGCCCUAUAUAAAAGUAAUAACAAUAACAAUUUUACGGCCAAUUUAAGUCCAAGAAGCUGAACUAUAUUCAAACUCUACAAGACUAGUGCUGUAUGAACUUACAUUAUGAUCUGCAUCCCAAGUAUUUCUACAAUCUUUAUUUCAUUAUUUCUUAGUAUUUCUCACACUUCGGUCUUUUAUGCUGUCUUGGAUGAUUUAACGUGGAUUAUUUAUAAACUCUGUAAAACUAAGCCAGCAAACAUGCCACUCUCCAUUUGUGCUUUUUUGUUUAGAGUAUUUUCCUCCAUUCCCCUUAGACUAGACAGUUCUCAGCAGACAGUAUGUAGCCCAGGAGGCGGGUUGGGACAGAUUGGGUCUGUAAAACUCAUCAGUUGAAAACUAUCCACACAGAGCCCAGAUCUUGCAUCCUUCUAAAACUUUUUUGGAGCCUGUGUAGUUUGCAAUAUUUCAUGACAUAAAAACAAAUUGGUAGUGUUCCUAAAUUAUUUAAACUUGCUCUUACAAAGAGGUUGAGUCUAGAUUGCAGAAAGCACCAGUAUUAUUGUGGACGCUGAAGAAAGGACAGAGCCAGAAAUCUCAGCGAGUUAGCUUACUUUGUUGUUUUUAGAGGUCAAAGUUCUCUAUUUAAUUUUCAACAAUCCUGUAAGUGAUCUGCACUGCAAGAAGGAAAUGUGUGUGGUAUCUCAUGCAUGCAUCUGUUUCAUGCAUCUACAAAAAGGGACCCCAAAGAUGCAUACUCUCUGCAAAAGGGCGUGGGCUUAUGCCAGUGAUGCUACUCCAAAGUUUGGCUGACUGAUAAAAAUCGUAUGUUAGAUUACAGCAGUGCUCUGGCUGUCGCCAACCUCUCUUGUAUCUGGCAUACAUGAGAAAGUCAAAACAACGUCUCUGGCUGUGCCAUCUUGAGGAUCCCUUGUAACAAGAAAAUCCAAAGAGAAAGAAGACUAAUGGUUUAUGGCUUCUUGAUACCACCAGGUCAGUGCAAAGGGCUUUUAAUGAGUGUAAAGAAUGCAACCUGUGGACUGAUGUUUUUAGACUGCAACAGGAAUCUACAUAGUAAUGACUUUCAUUGAACUAUAAUUUCAGGG